AUGUCGCAGGAGUGGGGCCUGCUGAGCAUCCACCCGUCCUCAAGCAAUCCGGCUGUUUUGCAGGUAACGGGUGAGUGGAUUCACUGCCUGGCUGAAUCCUAUGAAACAUGUUUGUGUAAUGCCCCUGCCUUCUACACGGUGGGGAUUCACGCGAAGGGUGACCAUGACAACGCCGAGUGGUUGCCUAGUCGGGAAGCUGCGGCGAGAAGCGCCACCUGGUACUUCAACAUCAUCACUCGCUCUGCGAUGCGGAUGCGGACGCUAAAGGAGAAGUAUCUCAGACAAGUUCCUAUUUUCGAGACUUUCGAUGAUGAGCUUAUCGCGCGGAUCACCGACAUUGUCGAGAAGCGGACCUACCAGAAGGGGCAACUGAUCAUCAAGCAGGGAGAGGAGAUCGUGCAAGCCGGCAAAAGUCUCUCCAAAGGAGAGAAUGUUCCGGCCGAGCUUUACAUUCUGCUGAGUGGCGAAUGCGAAGCCUCUAUCAUGGUCGACGUUGUCGGGGGCAACAAGAAAGAGGCCGAAGAGCAAGCUGUGAGGGAGUACAAGCCAGGGCAGCGCUUCGGCGAGCUCGGCUUCAUCCAUCGCAAGACGCGGCAGGCCAAUGUGACUGCCAAGAGCGAUGUGGAGCUGCCCCUGGACCAGUACAAAUUUCAGGGGCCUGUGGGAGUUUGCAAGAUAGUUCAGGUGAACACCGGCUGGGUGUAG